AUGGAGGGGGGGGGUGGGGGGGGUGUUUUUGUGGUGGGGGGGGUGGUUAGGGUGGGUUGGGGGGGGGGGGGUGGUGGUGGUUUAUGGGUGGGGGGGUGGGGGGGUAUUUGGGGUGUGGGUUUUUGGGGUGGGGUAGGAGGGGUGGGUUGUAUGUGUUUUGGUGUGGGUUGGGGGUGGGUGGUGGGAUGUGGAUUAUGGGGGGUGGGGGUGGGUGGGUGGGUUGGGGGGUAUUUGGGGUGGUGGUGUGGGGUGGUUUGA